UCAGCCAUAUUCAACUGUGGUAGUGUGAUCACGUUUUACCAUAGUAACAAUUAGGUAAACUGUUCAUUAUUUUGACGUACAAUUUCUAUUUAGGUUGACAAGUUUUUAAAAGCUUUGUACUAAAGAAUGCGAGAAUGACGGGUAAAAAAGAUUUAUGGGAUGUUGAACAAUACAAGCUGGAACACGAGUGCGAGGAUCAUUGGGAAUUAAGACGAAAAUUUCUUCUUGCCCAUCAUAAAAAAUUUCCAGAAGAUGAAUUAUUAUGUUUAGCUCAAGUAUUUAUUAAUGUGGAAUUAUUAGGAUGCAGAUAUCCAGAAGAGACAAUGCAGGUAGUUGCUGAUUUAUCUCAUGAUGUUGCUAAAGAUUACAGAGAGAAGCAAAAGACAAAACUUCAACGAACAUUUGUUAAAGCAUCGGAUGUUGCAAAUGCUAAGGUUAAAGGACUACGUCAACCACCAACAAGUCAAGAAAAACCAAAUUCACAACCCCGUCGCCACAAAAAUUCAUCUCUUUCCACGGUAACUUGCAUAAAUGACAUUCCAAAUAAAAGAUUAAAAUUAGAUACACAAAAUCUUCCUUACGGAGACAUAGUCUUGAUCGAACAUCCAGGGGAUGCACCGCAAAGCAUAGUUGCGAACGCGGUAAAUGCCAGUGGUGGCAAUUUGCAAUGGAAAUUUGAAAGAACAGAGAAUAACUGCAUUUGUAAUAUUUUUAUCGAUACAACAUUCUUAACAAAAGGACUGGGAAUAAAUCAAAAAGCUGCAAAAAAGGAAGCUGGAGAGAAGGCUUUAUUAGAACUACGAAAAUACUACUAUACUAUUCAGAUCACAAAAGCAGCUAGAGAAGAAUGCAGUACAGCUAUAAGUGGACCUGCACUACGUGACGAUAAAAAGAAGAAUGAUUCACUUCCUUGCGAUAACAUUGGGCAGAAACUAAUGAAAUUAAUGGGUUGGUCCGGUGGAGGUUUAGGGAAAACUCAACAAGGCAUUACCGAACCCAUUACCGUUCAACAACAGAUGAGUAGAAAAGGCCUUGGUUUGAAUGUACAAUGUUCAAAUAUGGAUGUACUGAAAAGAAAAUGCAAAGAAAUAUUUACUCAAUACAUCAGUGGUGAUAUGACAUCCGAUUUAGUGUUUGCUACCGAUUUUACUAACGAGGAAAGAGCAUUAAUUCAUCGAGUCGCUAGACAAAUGGGAGUAAAGUCGCAUAGCUAUGGUCCAAAGGAUCAACGGAUGUUAAUAGUUUCACGCAAGGUAAAACCACGAGAACUCGUGGAAGAGUUAAAAAACCUUGGUGGCUCUACCAAAAAAUAUGUACUCGUUGAACCAUCGGGAACAGAGUAAACUAAAAAAAAACAAUAUUUGAUCAUAUGUAGCUUCUAUUCCUUUCUUUAAGGAUUAAAAUAGGAAUUCUACCGAAUAACUAUUAUUCUAUGUACAAUUGAAUCGUAGUUCGUUGCACUAUCUCUUUUUUCUUGAGAUCUUUCAAGUGUUAAAUUACAACACCUCGGAUACAAAUUCUACUAAAACAUCUAUCCUAAUGUAGAACUCCCUUAACGGAUAAGUCUCUAGAUGAUAAAGCAAAUAUUUUAAACUGUAUUUUUUGCAAAAUAAAUUCAUUGGGGAAAGGUG